AAUCAGAUUUUUAGUUUUUUCACUAUUGGCAAACACCUAAGGUCAAGGUUUAUUUGAAUGUAUUGCAAUCUAACCAAUUUCGGUAAUUACAAAAAAGAAUCAAAAAAGAAAAGUGGCCCGGGCAACAUUAUUUUCUAUUGGGGCUUUUCUAUGUCUUACACGAUUUAAGCACUUUUGGGACUUCAAUUUUCUAGAGGCCGAGGCACAAUUGUCAGUAGUACACCUCAGUUCUCGAUAGACUUUUGUGCUGGCUAGUCGAAUUUUGAGUUCGAAAUGGGAAAAAGCUGGUUUGAUGGCACGACCCUAUUGUUGGGGUUUUGCGGUGCUGUUUAUAUUUUGUUUUUCACAUUUGCUAUUGUCACCUUAGUCAUGUGUUGAGAAUAACUUGUAUAAAUAUCCUAUUAUCUUUAAUGCCAAACUCUAAUUUCGGAUUAUAUGAUUUUUUAAGUUGUGGUUGACAAAAUGAAGCAUAUGGUUGGCUCCUAUCCGCCGAAGAAGGAAAUUCAAUUUUAUUUGACGCCCGCCGAGGAGGCUCCCUCAGGCACAUUCUCCCGCGGCACCUACUCGGUCAGUUCGGUCUUCACGGAUGACGACAA